CAAAGACAAAACGCCUAACACUACUUGAAAAUGAACGACCAAGUCUUCAAUACUCUCUCAAAAACCACCAUCUCCCUAUCCCUCCUCCUGUUGCUGCAGGCCGUUUCCGGCAGUGCCGCCGCAUCCCCGCCACGUAUAAUAUCCUUCCAGAAAGGCUUCACUCAGCUCUUCGGUGGCGACACGAAUCUCCUCCGCUCCGAUGAUGACAACACCGUCCAUCUCCACCUCAAUCAAUACACAGGAGCUGGAUUUAAAUCUUCAAACAUGUACAACCAUGGAUUAUUCAGUGCUAGAAUCAAACUACCUUCUGAAUACACAGCAGGAAUCGUUGUAGCAUUUUAUACCUCAAAUGGUGAUGUGUUCGAGAAGACGCAUGACGAGUUGGACUUUGAGUUCUUAGGGAAUAUUAAAGGGAAGCCAUGGAGGUUUCAGACAAACUUGUACGGAAAUGGAAGCACACAUAGAGGUAGAGAAGAAAGAUACACCUUGUGGUUUGAUCCAUCAAAAGCUUACCAUCGUUACACAAUUCUAUGGACCUCUUCCAAAAUCAUAUUCUAUAUUGAUGCGGUUCCUAUAAGAGAGAUUUUACGAAGCCCUGAAAUGGGGAGUGAUUUUCCUUCAAAACCUAUGGCAUUGUAUGCCACAAUAUGGGAUGCUUCUUCUUGGGCUACAAAUGGUGGAAAAUAUAAGGUAAAUUACAAAUAUGCCCCUUUCGUAACCGAGAUGACGGACCUUGUCCUCCACGGUUGUAUUUCAAACCCGAUUCAAGAUCUUUCGACCAACACUUGUAUGGAAAUAGACCAACAACUCGAGACGAUUCGAUAUAAUAACAUUACACGUAAACAAAAGAGCGCAACGAAAAGGUUUAGGGAAAAGUACAUGUACUAUUCAUAUUGUUAUGAUACUUUGAGGUACCCUAUUCCGCCACCAGAAUGUGUGAUUGAUCCGUUGCUUCGACAACGGCUCAAAGAGAAUGGGAGGCCGGAUUUUGGACGGAGGCAUCACCGCCACUCGAGGAAAGGAAGUCAAGUUUUGAGCAGCAAGUUGUAUGAUAUUGAAGAUGAGGAUUGAAGGUAUAGAAAGAUUUGUGUGUAUAAUACGAGUGGUUUUGUUACAUAAAUUGGAUUGUUUGAAUUUUUCAUUUUAGUUAAUUAAUAUUCAUAAUGUAAUUUACCAUGAUUGAAUGCAAAUAAAACAAUACAUGCUAGAUUA